CCCCCCCCCCAACCCCACCUUCCCACAGACCCGUCUCUCCCCCCCCCCCCUCCCCCCGCGCCCCGCCGGCGCCGGCGCCCAGCAUCUGCAGCGAGAACAUGGCCUCCGCCUCGCUUCUCAAUUUAAGACUGGACACCGUGGGGAAAAAGCCGAACAAGAAGAAAGCGGAGGAGGUUCUGGUGGAGGAGGAGGAGGAGGAGGAGUACGUGGUGGAGAAAGUGCUGGACAGGCGCAUAGUGAAGGGCAAGGUGGAGUACCUGCUCAAAUGGAAAGGAUUCUCGGAUGAUGACAACACGUGGGAGCCGGAGGAAAACCUGGACUGCCCCGACCUCAUCGCAGAAUUCCUGCAGUCCCAGAAAAUAGCAAACGAUGGCGUGGAUAAAACAGAGGGACCAAAGCGGAAAGCAGAGUCUGAUACGGAAACAGAGGAAAAUAAAAACAAGAAGAAGAGGGAGGAGCAGGAGAAGCCAAGAGGGUUUGCCCGAGAGCUGGAACCGGAGCGUAUCAUCGGGGCGACAGAUUCAAGCGGGGAGCUGAUGUUCCUCAUGAAGUGGAAAAACUCAGACGAGGCCGACUUGGUGCCGGCAAAGGAGGCGAAUGUGAAUUGCCCGCAGGUGGUCAUCUCGUUCUACGAGGAGCGUCUAACGUGGCACUCCUAUCCCACCGAGGGGGAGGAGGACAAGAAGGAGGAGAAGUAACGGAGCAGAGGGGCUCACACACCUCCCAUUUACUACUUUACACGACGAGAAAAUAAUCCCGACAUUUGCAGACGUGGUUUUCAGUUGUACAGAUGUAUAGUUCUCCGGGUGAUACUUCUCUCAACUCCUCUCGGACCUGGUUUAUUGCCUCUGACUGCCAGGGGCCGGGCAGGUUGUGUUUCAAAUCCAGCAUGACUUAUUUUUAAUUUCACUGUUUUAUUUUUCUCCAGGUUUUUGGGGGUAAUAACUAAUUGUAGAAGCCAAUGAGUUGUAGAUUAGUUGCCUUGGCUUAUAGCAUCGGGUUUGAGCCCGUGAAAGCAAAAGGAGUCUGCAGGUGCUGAUUUAAUUUACAGCCUCUUUUAGUGCAGUGUUUUUGUUGGGUUUAGCUCAGAUUGCACCUCCAGUCCUCCUCUCCCUUUGCACCUUCUUGGACCUGAAGAGCAGCUCAGGGUAGACUCACAUGUUGUGUACUCUCCACUGUGAGUUGAUGAAUGCCUGACCGAUUGCUGUUCCAACCAGCCUGUGGGAGGCUUGGUGACCGACACUGCCUCCCCCCCCACCCCCAACACUCCAUCCUGCAGUGAUGUUUCCAUUGUGGUGAAAGUCUGCUUCUGUUGGGCCCGCGCUGUUUGCUUGGUAAUGAGGAGGCAGAAGCACAGACAGUGGGUUAGGGCUUCAUUCUGUACAGUUACAAUCCCAGGCUGCUAACGGCCUUCAUCUGUUACUGGACCCAGUCGGCAUCACAGCCACACUGUGCUCUCUGCGACUUGCUUCACUCAUUCUCCACAGUCAAUGGGCUUCUGCUUGUCGGUGCCUGGGCCUGUGAGUGGUGCUGAGGCUUGGUGCAGACAGCGGAGAGACAUCGCUCUGCGACUGUGUGAACGGGCAAGGUGAGUGAGUCAGUGUUUUAAGGUAUUUGUCUCAAUUGGAGUUUUACCUCUGGGCCCCCAGUCCCACGUGUUGAUCUCUGCCUCUCCAGUAUUCUCUACUCGUUAUGGUUAGGUUAGGGGCGGGUUGUGAAUGUAGGUGAUGCCGCGGUACUGCGUCUCCACCAGUGAGCUGGGAAAUGCCGAGGCUGGGCACCAAACGUGGCACAGAGCGGGCAGAGGGAAGCGACACCAGAACAGGUACAGAGCUGGAUAUACACACACGCACACAGACACACGCACAAUGCUGGCUGCUGCCCUCAACGACAGCAGCUUCUCAUUCCAUCCCGCAAAACCAUUGCAUCGUCAACGAGUGAGAAAACCACCUCCUCGUCCUCUUUAGUUCAAUGUUCAGCCUACCCGGGAAGAGUAUAGGCAACAAACACAGCGUGGGUUUAUUGGUGUGUGUGUCUCCCUCCCUGGGGCAGCUGAGCCCAGUGUCAGUAGACAAUGAUGAGAGGGCAUUCUGUCCCCCGUGGAAGCUGGAGAAACCUGCCUUGCCCACUACUACUCAGCCAAGCCAGUAACAGUCACAGGUCAAGCUAAAGGGAGUGCCCCUCUGAUCUCUGCAGGGUUGCCAUAGUCUGCUCUGAACGGAAGCCACGCAAGGGGGAGUAGUUGUGUUUGACUUUUUCACGGGAGGAGUGUGGGCAGCAUCUGAUAUAAUCCACGUACUGUAUGCGGGGGCCAUGGAGGAGAUUCCUCCAGCUGGCUGUCUCAGCCAUCCAUUGUUCUCACACACCUGGUAUUGAUUUUGACAGUUUAUGUGUUAUUGGAGUACUUUCAUAGGUUUCAUACAUUGCAGCUCUUCUGUCAGACUUGCAUUUAAUCAUCAAGUGUAGUCUUUUAGAGGGGAGAUCUGGUUUUAAAGGAUCUGUUUUUGUAGAAUCCUUAGAGUAUUGUGAUACUGCACCUACACCCUGUGUGUCACUAAACAUGCGAGCAAAUAUUGUGUAAUAAAACCCAAAAAACAGC